CAUGAAAUACUAAUUACAACAAUGCUCCUCUACCAAACCGCUUCAUAUUAGGAGGCUAACUUUACAUUUGAAUUCGAUCACCUACUUGUAAUGAAUUGAACAUGUCACUUAAUCCUUACAGCAAGAGGAAUACAGGUUCCUUAGAGUGUAGGCCCAUCCUACUUGCCAUGUCCUUCCCUUCCUCUCCACUUUCUUUCUUCCUCAUUGUAAUUCAUUAAAUGGGCCGACUUAAGCGGAUUGGGCCCUCGCUGGCCUUCCCGAGCUUCCUUCUUCCCACCUUCCGUUUCUUUCCUUCUCCUGCCGGUAGGGAUGGCAAUCAAACCCAUGGUCGUGGGUACCCGACCGCCCCCGACCCAAUCAACGCGGGGAAUCCCCGCUUUAACUGGGUAUGGGGCGGGUAUGGGUAAAACUCGCAAAAAUUUUGAUGGGUAUGGGGCGGGUAUGGUUUUAGCCUCCCCCACCCCAUACCCAUACCCAUACCCGCCCCACCAAGAGAAUUUCUUCACAUAUCAAAAAAUAUGUGGAUUAAAUUAUAAUCUAUCAAUGAUGAUGAUGAUAACUCGAGAAAAUAAAUAGUAAAAAUGCAAUUGAGUAACCACCUUAAACAAAACCUAAUUCAUUUCCCUCAAUUCUCCUUCCACUCUUUCACUUUCCCCCUUGUUAACAAGAUUAUGUUAGUUAAUUAUUACUUAGUAAAUGUAUCAAGAGUUAGAGCAUAAUAGGUUUGUUUAUGGUUAUAAUUAAAACUUUUCUUGUAAGUUUUAGGUAUAAUAAUGUUGGAUGUACGGGGAUGGGUAUUACCCAUGGGUACCCGAAACCCACGGGUAUGGGGAUGAGUUUGCAAAAUAUUCCCCCGCAUGGGUAUGGAGCAGGUAUGUGUUUGAGUAUUUGAAAAUGGGGAUGGAAAUGGUUUAGGCAAACCCGCCCCAUUGCCAUCCCUAUCUGCCGGUUUUCUUUCUUCCGACUUGCUUUUGAUUCUUUGAUCAUCUCACCUGCCGCCAUUUCCUAGGCCCUGCACCCUGCUUUGAGAUCAAAAGCACAGAAAAAGUAAGAGCAACGGCCAUAAUCAACUUUCUGCCCAUUUCGCCCGGAACCACUUUCGGGGGUUUUAGUUGAGAUAUAACAACCAAUACUGAAUCUGUUCUCCCACCUUCCAUUUUACCUCAUCGCUCGCUGCGUGAAUUGGUCUCUGUUUCCCUAGGGGUUUCUGUUGAUCUUCACUUCGUUUGCACAAUUUGUUGGCUCAUUGAUGGCGGAGUCAGUGAUGGAUAAUAAAAAGAGUGUGAGCGAGGGUGGCAACCGGCGCCGGUGGGCGGUUUUCUUCGCUAUAACGGUGCUGAUCAUUGCUCUGUCUGCUGCUUCCACCGCCGCCCCAAAGAUCUCUCUCUUUGGUAAAUUCAAUACGCUAUGCAGCUGCUCCCAGCAGCAGAAAUAUACUGGGAUUGUGGAAGACUGCUGCUGCAACUAUGAGACAGCUAACCUUUUGAACGAGGAAGUAUUGUAUCCGUCUCUCCAGGAGCUUGUCAAAACCCCAUUCUUCCGUUAUUUCAAGGUGAAAUUAUGGUGUGACUGCCCUUUCUGGCCCGAUGAUGGCAUGUGCAAGUUGAGGGAUUGCAGUGUCUGUGAAUGUCCAGACAAUGAGUUUCCUGAAUUGUUUAAGAGGCCUUUCCGCCGUGGUCUGCCCUCAGAUGCUCCUAAAUGUCAAGAAGGCAAGCCGGAGGCUACCGUUGAUCGCACCCUUGAUCAUAGAGCUUUUAGGGGUUGGAAAGUGACGGAUAACCCAUGGACAAAUGAUGACGAGACUGACAAUGCUGAGAUGACAUAUGUGAAUCUGCAACUGAACCCUGAACGAUAUACUGGAUACACUGGUCCAUCAGCUAGAAGGAUAUGGGAUGCUGUUUACUCUGAGAACUGUCCCAAGUAUCCAUCUGAAGAGCUGUGCCAGGAAGAGAGAUUGUUAUAUAAAUUGAUUUCAGGUCUCCACUCAUCCAUUUCCAUCCAUAUUGCUGCUGACUACCUGCUUAAUGAAGACACAAACUCGUGGGGUGAAAAUCUGACUUUGAUGUAUGAUAGAGUUUUGAGAUACCCUGAACGUGUUGGGAACUUGUACUUUACGUACCUCUUUGUUCUGCGAGCUGUCACAAAGACAGCAAGGUACUUGGAGCAAGCUGAGUAUGACAUUGGUAAUCCUACCGAGGAUCUGAAGGCUCAUUCCUUGAUCAAACAGCUACUCUAUAAUCCAAAACUUCAAGCCGCUUGCCCACUUCCGUUUGAUGAAGCUAAACUUUGGAAAGGUCAACGAGGACCUGAACUGAAACAGAAAACACAAGAACAGUUCAGAAACAUAAGUGCAUUAAUGGAUUGUGUAGGCUGUGAGAAGUGCAGACUUUGGGGAAAGCUCCAGGUUCUUGGCCUAGGUACGGCAUUGAAGAUACUGUUCUCUGAUAACGGGGAAGACAAAAUAUUCCGAACAUUGCAGUUACAGAGGAAUGAAGUAAUUGCAUUGAUUAAUCUUCUGAAUCGGCUGUCUGAAUCUGUUAAAUUCGUCCACGAAAAGGGUGCUGCGCUUGAAAGGAUCAUGGAACAACAGACUGGCUUCUUCCCCAUCGCAAAUGUCCUCUUGGCCAAAGUUUGGCCUUUUAGUUCAAGCCUACUAAGGUAAUAGUAGAAGAGGAGUGCUUCUUUCAUGCCAUUGGUGACAACGUCUGGUUGGCUGAGGGCUUAGAUCCAGUAUAACUCUUAACCGUUGGCAGAUUACUGACUGAAUUUUGAUCAUCUACACAAACUUCGCAUUAGGGAAAACAAGGAAAAUUGUAGAGCUGAGUCAUGUAUAUGUUAUAUGUACCUUGACAAUAGAUAAGAUGUAACAUCAGCAGACAAUUUUCUCUGGAAAUUAGAAAGGGCUGCACAAAGCCAGAAGUUCAUUGCUUACAAUAUAUACUCUUUCUUUUC